AUGAAAGUUAAUUCGAGAGUUGUGAUUGGAAUUCAACGAUCAUUUUUACUUGUUGUUGUAUUUGGAUUUCCAGAUUACAAAUUAAAAACAGAAAAAUUACCAACAUGUAGUGAACAACAAUGUACACAAACUGUAGAAUCAUUUGAUCUGUUACUGACAAGUGUUGUAAAAAUAUUUUGUACAAAUGUUAGAUCCAAUUAUAGUGUACCAUGGCAAAUGAAAUCUCCCACAUUCAGUACAUCACCUGGUUUUGUUAUUCGUAACAAUGGUGGAAAACGUUGGAUAUUGGAUAAUGUGCAUGGCGUAUCGGAUGCAACGAAUAUACUUAUCCCGAAAAUUGAGAUGUUAAAAAAUAUCUUGCUUGUAUCCUACAUAUCAAUCACGAAGUUGAUUUGGCUCUAUUGA